AUGUCACUCGACAAAUUUAUUCGCCUAGCUGACAGCUUGGUAGAAUUUGAAGCGGCACUUAUUGCCAAUGAGUUUCCUUUAACAACGCGUUGUUUGUUGGAAACCCACACUGAAGAGGUGAAAUCCACAUGGUCACAUCUUAAGCAAGCUUAUGAGCAAUGUUUGGCGGAUUUGGAAAAUGAAGAAGAAGAUGAAGAGGUGUCCGAUGAUAGAGAAACCAAUGAGCCGCAUCAUGCUGUUGUGAAGCCAGAUAGUUCUACCACUAAAGUCCGUGUGGUUUUCAAUGCUUCUUACGCAACAUCGAAUGGUACAAGUCUAAAUGACGUUUUGUAUACUGGUCCAGCCUUACAGAACGACUUGACUAUUCUCAUCCUUAAGUGGCGUUUUUAUCGCUAUGUUUUCAGUGGUGAUAUAGAGAAAAUGUAUCGCCAAAUCCUUGUGUCUCCUUCUCACACCCACUUUCAGAGAAUCCUGUUCCGCCAGAAUCCAACUGAACCAAUAAAGGAUUACGAGUUGAAAACUGUAACCUUUGGUGUUAACUGUGCACCGUAUCUUGCGAUACGUACGAUGAUUCAACUAGCCAAUGACGUCCAUGAUUCAUAUCCAUUAGCUAGUCAUGUUUUGAAGAAUUGCAUGUAUGUGGAUGAUGCCCUUGCAGGGGCACAUGACAUACACACAGCAAUUUCAACCGUACGUGAAUUAAUCCUAUCUCUGAAGUCCGCAGGAUUCAACAUGCGAAAAUGGACCUCCAAUUCAACAACAAUUCUCUCGGACUUGUCACCCGAUGAUCUUCUUAAUGAUGGCUUUUUAGACUUUAACGCACAUUGUGCAGCUAAAAUGUUAGGCAUUCGUUGGAAUGCGUAUUCUGAUCAGUUUUAUUUCUCCUCCAUUGCAUUUUCUCCCCAUACUUAUACCAAACGAGAGGUUCUUUCCCAAAUAUCAAAACUAUUUGAUCCUGCUGGCUGGAUUUCGCCGGUCAUUGUAUUAGCCAAGAUAAUUAUGCAAAAAAUAUGGCUAGAUAAAGUGGGUUGGGAUGAAGAGAUAUCACCAGAAUCAAUUGACUUAUGGAAAGCAUUUCAGUCUUCAUUUUCUUCCAUCAAUGAGAUUCGUGUUCCACGUUGGUUUAACUUUGUCCCAGACCAUGAAAUUGAAUUCCACGGGUUUUCGGAUGCAUCAGAAAGGGCUUAUGCCGCAGUACUAUACAUUCGAAUUGUUUCUCCAACUACUGUGUACACCCACUUAGUGGCUUCCAAAACGAAAGUAGCACCGAUUAAGUCCCUAUCUAUUCCUAGACUGGAAUUAUGUGCAGCUACUCUCCUUGCUGAGCUAAUUGACAAUUUAGUGCCUCAAUUCGACGUUCACCGUCACUCAUUACAUUGCUGGACGGACUCCACCAUUGUGAUUUCAUGGUUAGCAAAACAACCAUGUCAUUGGAAUACUUUUGUAGCAAAUCGAAUUUCUAAAAUCAUCCAAACUGUCGAUCCACCAAAAUGGCACCACGUCAGUUCAGAGGACAACCCCGCCGAUCUCGCGAGUAGAGGUGUCUAUCCACAGGAUCUAAUCCAAAAUGAUCUUUGGUGGAGAGGUCCUGCAUGGUUAUCUGAAUUUGACACUCCUUGGGAAAAUUACUCUAAUCAAGAUGUCCAACCAACUGAAUUAGAGAAGAAGUCGAGCUCUAAGGAUUAUGGCGUAUGUAUAUCGUUUUAUAAAUGGUACUCAUCCACGAUAUAAGACCAAUAAUAGACGUUAUGGUAACGUCAUAGAAGCUCAAGAAAUCAUCCAUGUUCGCUCAAAGCUGAUAUCCAUAUACCAAAGGCUAUUUUACCCAAAUGAGUACAUGGCGCUGAGUAUCCAAAGACCGAUUCCUUCUUCUAGUAAACUAUUGAGUUUGAAUCCCUUCUUAGAUUCCGAAGGUCUAAUGCGAAUUUGCGGUCGACUUGAAGUAUGUCCAGAGUUAUCCUACAACGAGAGACAUCCUAUAAUUGUUCCAUACAACUGUCAAUAUUCCAAACUAUUAGUCCAAUAUAUCCAUUUGAUAAGUCUACACGGGGGCAAUCAACUUGUCCUCCGAUUGGUCCGUACACAAUACUGGAUACCAAAGGUUCAAAAUCUUAUAAAAUCCAUUAUACGAAAUUGCAAGAUCUGUGUCAUAUAUAAGAAAAGAUGCCAAAAGCAGUUGAUGGCUGCAUUGCCUCCAGAAAGAUGUGAAAUAUCCCGACCAUUCACACAUACCGGUUUGGAUUUUGCAGGACCUUUUGAUAUCAAGAGCUAUACUGGAAGAUAUUGUCGGAUUACCAAAGGAUAUGUGUGUGUGUUUGUCUGUUUUUCCACAAAGGCAAUUCACCUUGAAGCAACAUCCGACUUAUCCACAUCCAAUUUUCUGGCAGCUUUUAACCGUUUUGUUUCCCGUCGUGGCUGUCCACUCCAUUUGCAC